AAAGCUUCUUUUACUUCGAGAAUCACUUGGGUUGCUUGGGACUCUCGAGACAGCGCGCAAUCUUAUAAACUUCACAUCUCAUCCCUUUCAUCGUCUUUCUGAUCCGCUCCCCGUCCAGCGCGCCGUUCUCGCAUUGCAGGUUGGGAUGAGUUCCGCAGCACGGUACCGGCCCAUUUCGCCGGGGAGCGCAAAUAUGAUCGAUCCCUUACGUGCCUCAACGGGCACAGUUCAACUCGCCUCCUCCUACGAUCCUUAUGACCCUGCCGGCCGCCCGAUCUACACGGGCUAUCGCUCCGACGUGCCUUACUCGCCUACAUACGAUUCUCGGUAUCCAGUCGCGCCACGAUUAGAAGCCCAUCCGGUUUCCCAACAGACGUACCAUGACCCCGGACAGUCCACAAGGUUGAGAACCGAGUACGCGAUUAGGCCCAGACAACGGAGCAGCACGACAUCCGCCGCAGACUCCCAUGGUCGACUCGGGGUGCCUCCGAUCUCGUCAGUUUCUAGAACGUCCGCCGUGGUGUUGUCUGACUAUGGUCGAUCUCCAAGCCCUCUUACAGACCAAGAUGGCUACCUUGUGCCUGCAUCUUCCAGGCAUCAUAGGCACCAUCGCCACUCUUCUUAUGAUUACGCCAGUGAUACCGGGGGACAACCGACCUCGCGGAGACAUUAUGGCGCUUACCCAACAUACGUCAGUCGACGGAGAUAUCCCCAGAAUGGAGGUCUCCGGAAGGGCGAGGACAUUGACAAGUACGAUGCCUACUCCUACACCAAUCCGCGGGAACAAUUCGAGAAGGAGGCGGUGGCCAAGCUACAAUACCAUCGGAACGCCCGAAAGGAGCGACCUCUGAGCUUGACUGGUAUUGAAGACCCCCGCUUGCUGGGGCGAAGGGACCCUCGCGCACAUGGACCCCCUCCAUCACAUCGUGGAUAUGACAAGGUACAUCGCGAUGACCUGCGUCGAUCGACGUACGGUUUUGGUAACAGUGAACUGGAUCUGGCGAGCGCGCGGCAACGCCCACCACGUUCAGUUACCCUUCAUCAGGAUCACGACGAGGGUUACUCUUCCUAUCGGGAUGAGUUUGAUGACACUCGUCCUGCCCACCGUGAACACAAGCGGCCCGACGGUGACGCGCGCAAACGAGACACGAUAGACAGCCAUGGAGCGAGGAAGCCCUUCAACAAGCAGUCCCCACCCUCGGUGUCCGGUAGUGGUCUAGGAACAGCCGUUUUAGCUAGCGGAUACUCAGAAGGCCAAGAUUAUGACCUCAGUUCGCAUGCUGAUCGCUACCGCCAUCGAGGCCGAGUGCCUCGCGACCGAAGUCGCUCGAGAAGACGCUCCAGACGCCGUGGGGGGAGCGAGUCUGAUGAGUGCUCAUCGGAUGACGACCUGAAAAAGUACCGACGAGAGCCAUCUGUACGUCCGAGGAUCAACGGCUCCGACAGUUCUAAGGAGAACGAGCCUCACCGCCACCGCUCACGCUCCCGUCACCACGAGCGGCCGUCAGAUAAGAAAUCAGAUCAGAAGAAGACAGACUCUAAGGAGCCCGACGCGCCGCCCAAGGGUAUAUUGAAGCCACCACGUGAUAAGUUCCCAGAGGAGCCGAACCCUGUCCGAGAAGGCGUUGCUCCCCUGAAGGAUGCCCACAAGAAGGGGAUCCCACCUGGGGCCCGUUGGACCAAGAUUGACCGCCGACUUGUAAAUCCAGCCGCACUAGAAGCGGGCCAAGAGCGAUUCGAAGAGCGACCGGACCAUGUCAUCGUCUUGCGGGUAUUGACAAAGGAGGAGAUCCAGGCCUACGCUGUCAAAACGCAGGAAAUUCGAGACUCGAGAUAUCGAGAGUACAUACGAGAGCGCCGUCGACAGCGAGAGGAAGAUCGUCGGCGCGGUCGCCCCGUAGACGAUUUCUCUAGCGACGACGAGGACGAGAGCGACAACUUUCCCCUUGCAAUCGAGGGACCAGGCGAGCCAAGAUCGUCGCAGAAGAGUUAACUGAUGGAAGCCGAGAUUGCGGACCAGCGUGGCCAUUGAGUGCCGUAGGCUGUAGCUUGACAAUCAAGCAUGAACGUAUGGAGUACGAUUUAGGGGUAUCACUAUCGCAUAUUUGUGUUUGCUAUACGGAGUAGGGGGUCAGAACAUAUUAGCCUGCUUACAGGAACAGCAGUAGCAAUCAACCAUUAAAACAUCAGCCUCA